AUGACGGGCCUCCAGGUCAUCCUGGAAGAGAAGGACCUCCAGGUGAAAAAGGGAUUGCCAGGUCCUUCCGGUGUGCAGGGACCUGUAGGAUACCCCGGACAACGGGGCGUUAAGGGUGCAGAUGGAAUCAGAGGGUUGAAGGGAAGCAAAGGGGAAAAGGGAGAAGAUGGUUUUCCCGGGGCAAAAGGGGAGAUGGGAGCGAAGGGGGAUGUUGGAGAUAAUGGACCUCUAGGGUCUCGAGGUGAAGAUGGGCCUGAAGGUCUCAAAGGUCAGUUGGGUCCUCAGGGAGAGGCCGGGCCGGCUGGUAUUUCUGGAGAAAAGGGGAAACUGGGGGUUCCAGGUUUACCUGGGUAUCCAGGACGACAGGGCCCCAAGGGCUCUGAUGGGUUUCCUGGUGCGCUGGGGGCUCCUGGAGAGAAAGGGAAGAAAGGCCCUGCAGGACAAGCAGGAAGUGCAGGCCAAAGAGGUCCAAACGGUGCCCGAGGAGGCAGGGGGCUGAGAGGUCCUACAGGGAAACCAGGAGAAAAGGGAGCCUCGGGACAUGACGGGCCCCCAGGAUCUCCCGGAGAGAGGGGGCCUUCAGGGCCACAAGGAAGGAAUGGAGAACCAGGACCUAAAGGCUCAAGUGGUCCAGCUGGGAAGGAUGGACUUCCGGGUCAUCCGGGUCAAAGAGGAGAACCAGGCUUUCAAGGAAAAACGGGCCCCCCAGGGCCUUCAGGUGUGGUCGGACCUCAGGGGAAGUCAGGGGAACCUGGACCAACAGGAGACCGCGGUCACCCGGGAGCACCGGGCGUACCCGGAGAGCACGGUUUACCUGGGGCUGCUGGGAAAGAGGGCGGAAAGGGGGAUCCUGGUUUACCGGGGACAUCAGGGAAGAACGGUCCAACUGGACUGAAGGGGUUCAGAGGGAGCAGAGGAGCUACUGGAGUUAUGGGACCUCCUGGUUUGAAAGGAGCAACAGGCCCCGGUGGAUCCCCCGGAUCUCUGGGGCCAUCAGGAGAACGAGGCCCUCCAGGACCAGCCGGGGCAAUCGGACAGCCUGGUCGUGCCGGAGCGGUUGGAGGACCGGGACCAAUGGGAGAGAAGGGGGAGCCUGGAGAGAAGGGCCCUAUUGGACCUGCAGGUAAGGACGGGGAUCUGGGUCUGGUAGGAAUGCCCGGAGCAACAGGACCUGCAGGACCUUCGGGGGAUGAUGGGGAUAAGGGGGAGCAGGGAGGACCUGGACAGAAAGGCAGCAAAGGAGACAAGGGGGAAGCGGGCCCCUCGGGUCCUACUGGCACCCAGGGGCCAGUUGGUCAGCCUGGUCUUCCAGGUGUAGAUGGGCUGUCUGGCCCUCGAGGGCAGCAGGGUAUGUACGGCCCCAAAGGAGACGAGGGGCCCCGUGGUUUCAAGGGCUCCAGAGGGCCAAGAGGAUUACAGGGUAUGCCUGGCUUACCUGGAGAAAAGGGAGAGAGCGGACAUGUUGGUUUGAUGGGUCCACCUGGACUACAAGGCCCCAAUGGUGCUCAAGGACCUAUGGGAGGACUGGGACAAACCGGCAGACCUGGGAUGAUUGGACAGCCGGGUGUUGUGGGGGAAAAGGGAGAGGAUGGAGAAGCGGGUGACCCUGGACCAGUCGGUAUUCCAGGAAGGCUAGGUGACAAAGGAGACCAAGGUGAAAAGGGAGAUACGGGCCCUCCAGGAGCCGCCGGUCCCCCGGGGGCCAGGGGCAUUCCAGGAGAGGAUGGAGCAAAGGGCAAUGGUGGUCCUAUAGGUCUGACUGGUGACCUUGGUCAGCAGGGAGAGGCAGGACCCAAUGGUGUAGAUGGCCUCCUUGGAUCUAAAGGCGACACCGGAGAAUCUGGUAAAUCUGGACCCCCAGGGGCAACAGGGGAGCCUGGACCACCGGGGCCUCCUGGACGAAGGGGACACUUGGGAAAACCCGGAAAGGAAGGAAAAGAAGGCCUGAAAGGAACAAAGGGGACCCCUGGACUGGAGGGUCCCAUUGGAAAGACGGGACCCAGAGGUUCUCAAGGGCAUCCAGGAAAAAAUGGUCCACAGGGCCUGAGAGGAAUCCCUGGACCAGCAGGUGAGCAGGGUUUAAAUGGGCCACCGGGUCAAACUGGACCUCCAGGUCCCAUGGGUCCACCAGGUUUACCAGGCCUCAAGGGAGAUCCUGGCAGGAAGGGAGACAAGGGUCACGGUGGACUAAUCGGACUCAUAGGACCUCCAGGAGACAUCGGAGAGAAAGGUGACAGAGGACUACCAGGAAGCCAAGGCCUUCAAGGUCCAAAAGGAGAUGAGGGUCCAGUCGGCCCACCAGGCCCACCUGGACCUCCUGGUCCCACAGGACUGUCUGGUGCUAUUGGUCAAAAAGGCUCCAAAGGGAACCAGGGUCCGAUAGGUCCCAGAGGAGACACCGGCCCUGUGGGGCCUCCAGGACCACCUGGACGGGCCGCUGUUGGUUUUUCGCCUCUUCCAGAGCGAGGAAGAAGAAGAAGAACUCACCCUGUGGUGGAUGGUGCUGCAUUUGAGGACGAGGAGGAGACCAUGGACAGAGGAGAGGACGACGGUUGGGUGCAAAGCGACCAGGCCACACUGGAUGGUUUGGCGAAAGAUAAUGAGGCUCAGGACAUGGAAGAAGUGUUUGCUUCAAUUUCAUCUAUGAAAGUUGAGGUGGAGGGUCUGCGUAACCCAAUGGGGACUUACCACAGCCCAGCACGCACCUGCAAGGAGCUGUGGCUCCUCCAUCCAGAGCUCCCCAGUGGGGAGUACUGGAUAGACCCCAACCAGGGCUGCCACAGAGACGCCUUCAAAGCUUUCUGUAACUUUACUGCACAGGGAGAAACGUGUCUGUACCCAGACAAAAAGUUCCAGUCGGUGAAAUUAGCAGCAUGGAAAGGGGAAAAACCUAACACCUGGUACAGUAAAUUCAGGAAAGGAAAACAGUUCUCCUACACAGGGUCAGAUGGUGUCUCGAUACACAUCGUUCAGCUGACCUUCCUGAAGCUUCUCAGUGCCACAGCCAAGCAGACUUUCACCUAUCACUGCCUCAAUUCUGCCGCCUGGCUACACGCGGCCAGCUACAGUCAUGAACAUGCACUGCGCUUCAGAGGCAGCAACGGGGAGGAGCUGACUCACGAGAAUGCACAUUACAUCAGUCCGUUAUACGACGGCUGCCAAGUACGCUCAGGACAGGAGAGGACGGUUUUGGAAAUUGAGGCACCGACAUCCCAGACUCUCCCCAUCAUCGACAUAGCUGUGUCCGAUUUCGGCAAUGGGAACCAGAAAUUUGGUUUCCAAGUUGGCCCGGUUUGCUUCAAUGGUUAACAAUCUCAGGAAGGCAUAAGAAUGGGAUUAAUUUAAUAGAAAAGAGCCUUGGACACUUUUUACAUGCAGGGAGAACAAAACUUUCAAGAUCACAUAUUUAAUUUGUACAGUAAAUAAUGUUUCAUGGCUCAAACUAGCACUCUUGCUCAAAUGUUCAUUCGGUUUGUAUGUUACUGGUUCAUUGUUGUUGUAUGCUACAAUGCCUCACUGUGGAUUCACAUGCUGUUAUAAAGAGAAGGACACCUUUGUUGAUGUCCUCACGGUUUUUGUUUUCUUCUUUUCUUCAACAUGUUUUCUCUGCUUCUGUUUCAGUAAUGACUUUAAAAAACAAAUGGUUACAGUCACCUGUAAGGGAAUCAGUGUGGAGGAAUUAAUAUUCUUAAACCUGACAGAUGCAGACCAUCCAGCAUAAUCCAAUGAAAUAACUGAAACUGUCAGCAUUCACAAAUAGGUUCAUAUUAGUUUAUUGUGUUCAUCGCAAAUAUCUGAUUGAGAAAUCAUAAAGAAGAAGCUGACUUUUAAUUAGUGACACACAGAGAAUAAUUCUGGGUCCUGGAAUCGGGUUUGAUGAUAAUUCUUAGUGUUCCUAAGCACUACCAGGAAGGAGGAACAUCUUUCAUUUGUGUGGACACUGUAACUGAGGAAAAACACUCAUUGUUACAGUUUGAUGUUUAAAGUCAAAGGACAAACAGUGAUAUUUAAGCUAUUCAAAAGGAAAAUGGUUGCUGUUAAUUUAGGCUGCAGUAGAGUAAGACAGAGGCAGAAUGAUGAACAUUUAGCAACAAACCUGAUCUUUUUUACUCUUUACUGCCUGCCACCACUGAAAGUCCGAAUCCAACAAAGAAAAUAGACUUUAGCCUACAUUCAAAUUCUCUUAACACUGCUACAGAUAUUCUCUACUCUACUUUCCUAGUGAUGAAAAACAUAGAUGUUUUAACAAUUUUUCCAAGAAGGACAUCAAUAAGAGUUUAUGUGUUUUAUAAAAAAAUGUAUUUCAAUACAAUUCAAAUCUCAUAUUUGUGACUGUGUACAGUUUCAAAUAUUUUUUGUUGUCGUCAAACCUCAAUUUUUUGUUUUCUUUUGUUCUUUGUUUUGUUGUAGUUGCGUGGUUGUGAUCAUGAGUUAAACACAUUGCAUUGAUGAGCCACAACAUUAAAACCACUUUCAUAAUGAAUAAUACAAACAUUGA